CCCAGCCCGAGUUGGACCCUUUUCAUUUCCCCACCUCUUUAUAUAUACGAUAUAUCUCCCUCCACUAGUCAUCACACUCUUACUUUAUCAUCAAAGUCCUCUCUACACUUGGGAUCCAAACCAAUCAACCCAACUUGAAAAAGAGAGAAAAGAGAGGAGAUAAUGGAAGAAGAGCACCAGUUCAGCAGAUGGGAAGGGUAUGUGAACUGGAGGAACAAACCAGCUCUCAGAGGCAACCAUGGUGGCAUGCUUGCUGCUUCUUUUGUAUUGGUGGUGGAGAUAUUGGAGAACCUGGCAUAUUUAGCAAACGCAAGCAACUUGGUACUGUAUCUAUCAGAGUACAUGCACUUCUCUCCUUCCAAAUCAGCCAACAAUGUCACAAAUUUCAUGGGGACAGCUUUCCUUUUGGCUCUCCUUGGGGGCUUCCUAUCUGAUGCCUUUUUCACUACUUAUCAAAUCUACUUGAUAAGUGCAGUCAUUGAACUCCUGGGUUUGAGUGUACUCUUUGUGCAAGCUCGGUCACCUUCACUAAUGCCACCAGCAUGUGACCCAACCAACCUCAAUAUUCCUUGCCAGGAAGUUUAUGGUGCAAAAGCUGCAAUGUUGUUUAUAGGCCUCUAUCUUGUGGCCCUUGGUGUUGGAGGGAUAAAGGGAUCACUACCAUCACAUGGGGCUGAGCAAUUUGAUGAAAGUACACUACAAGGAAGGAAGCAAAGAUCAACCUUCUUCAACUACUUUGUUUUCUGUCUCUCAUGUGGUGGCCUUAUUGCAGUAACAUUUGUGGUGUGGAUUGAAGACAAUAAAGGGUGGCAAUGGGGUUUUGGAUUCUCUACCAUUAGCAUAUUCUUGUCAAUACCAAUCUUCCUCGCUGGUUCAGCCUUUUAUAGGAACAAAAUACCUUCUGGAAGUCCGCUUACAACCAUCUUCAAGGUUUUGGUUGCUGCCACACUCAAUUUCUGCACGAGCAGAAGCCCAAGCAAUGCUGUUGCAAGCAUGACCACAAACCCUUCUUCUCCAACUCCAAAUGGCAAGGAAUCAGAAGAAAAUGCCAAAACAAUGGUGUCCAGUCAAACUGCGACAGGUAGUCUCAAAUUCCUAAAUAAUGCAGUGGUAGACAAACCAGUCCACAACGCACUAGAAUGCACGAUGCAGCAAGUAGAAGAUGUCAAAAUUGUGCUAAAAGUACUUCCAAUAUUUGCUUGCACCAUUAUGCUCAACUGUUGCCUAGCUCAGCUGUCCACAUUUUCUGUCCAACAAGCUGCUACAAUGAACACCAAGCUUGGUUCCUUAAAAGUCCCACCAGCUUCACUUCCUAUUUUCCCGUUAACAUUCAUCAUGAUCCUUGCACCACUUUACGACCAUUUCAUCAUCCCAUUUGCUCGUAAAGCAACUAAAUCCGAAAUGGGAAUCACUCAUCUCCAACGGAUUGGAAUUGGUCUAGUACUUUCAAUUAUAGCCAUGGUAAUAGCAGCUCUUGUUGAGAUAAAGCGGAAGAGAGUGGCUACCAACUCAAGAAUGCUUGACUCUGAGAAUCCAUUGCCCAUCACAUUCUUUUGGAUUGCUUUCCAAUACUUGUUCCUUGGUUCAGCAGAUCUUUUCACCCUGGCUGGUUUGUUGGAAUUUUUCUUUACAGAGGCACCUGCAAGCAUGAGAUCCUUGGCUACAUCUCUUUCUUGGGCCUCUUUGGCCAUGGGGUACUACCUGAGCACAGUUAUUGUUUCAAUAGUUAACAAUGUCACUGGUCACUCCAAACACAAGCCAUGGCUUUCUGGUAGCAACAUAAAUCAUUACCACCUGGAUAGAUUUUACUGGCUCAUGUGUGUGCUCAGUGCAUUGAAUUUCUUGCACUACCUCUUAUGGGCCUGCCGGUACAAAUACAUAAGAGCACAAACGAAAAAAAAAGUUAUGGUGACAUGUGCAUGAACACACUGCCUGUUUAUGCAUACAUGGUCAGUUAAACUUUUCAAUCAAAAGCAGCCUCUUUGGUAACGUAUCAUAUGUGCCCGCCAAUGCAUCUUCCUUGCUAUUGCAAAAGAUUGAGCAAUUCUUAGGUAAUUGAAUCCUUGCCAAUGGAAAGAGUGAGAUCCGCAGUACUUAGAAGUUGUAAUCAUUGUUUCUCUUGUAAUAGGAGGAUUAGUAACUAGUUCGUGAUGUUAGAUAGGAAAAAAGAAAAAGAAAAAGCAAGUUCAUCUUUUGCAAUUUUAUGAGAUUUAUAUUUUGCAGA